AUGCCUUUCAACCCUAAUACCCAGAACCCUGCGUACCACUCGCGCUUCCAGGUCCCCUUCCGCCGUCGUCGUGAGGGUAAGACUGAUUACUAUGCUCGUAAGAGACUUGUCACACAGCACAAGGCCAAGUACGCUUCUCCCAAGUACAGACUUGUCGUGAGAUUCUCUAAGAAGGACAUCACUGCCCAGAUCAUCUCUUCCCAGAUCACUGGCGAUGUUGUCUUCACUGCUGCUUACGCCCACGAGCUCCCCCGCUACGGCAUCAAGCACGGUCUUACCAACUGGGCCGCUGGUUAUGCUGUCGGUCUCCUUGUCGCCCGCCGUGCUCUCCAGAAGCUUGGCCUUGACGAGACCUACACUGGUGACGAGGAGGCUUCCGGUGAGUUCUCUAUUGUUGAGGCUGUUGAGGAUGCUCCCAGACCUUUCAAGGUCUUCCUUGAUGUCGGUGUUGCUCGCACUACCACUGGUGCCCGCAUUUUUGGUGUCCUUAAGGGUGCCUCCGACGGUGGUCUUUACGUCCCCCACUCUCCCAAGAGAUACCCCGGUUACGACAUUGAGACCGAGGAGCUCGAUGGUGACACUCUCCGCAAGUACAUUGUUGCCGGCCACGUUGCUGAGUACAUGGAGGAGCUGAUUGAUGAUGAUGAGGAGAGAUACCGUGAGCUUUUCCAGAGCUACAUCAAGGACGGUGUUGAGGCUGAUGCCAUUGAGGACAUUUACUCUGAUGCCCACGAGAAGAUCCGCGAGGAUCCUUCUCCCAAGAUCACUGAGAAGAAGUCUAAGGACCACUACAAGGCCCAGAAGAAGAACCAGAGACAGAAGAAGCUUACUCUUGAGGAGAGAAAGGCUCGCGUUGCUGCUAAGGCUGCUGAGUUUAUCAACAACACCUUGUAA